AUGGAAGAAGAUGAGAUAUUAGUACAAAAUAGUUUACAAUUAUUAAAUGGGUAUAUAAGUUUUCCAGAUUCAAAUAAAUAUACAAAAGAUAUUAUUAAACAAGGAUUUUUAUCAACAAUAACAAAAGUAAUAGAAUUUAAAUCACCAAUAACAAUUAAAAAUUUGUUUUAUUUAAUAUGUAAUAUAAUUUUUGAUUGUAAUGAAGAAGACUUUAAUUAUACUCAAAUAUUUGGAACAUUUGAUAUUUUUCAAUACAUUGAAAAAAUAAUUAAAUUAAAUGGUGUUUAUAAUUUAAUUCCUUGGAUGUGUAAAAAUUUAUUAUUGAACCAAUUUGUAGAUGGAGAAACAAUAAUAAAAGCAGUUGAAUUAACAAUUUAUUUAUUACAAAAAGAUGAUGAUAUUAAUAUUGCAAAUGAUUGUAUUGAAGCACUUAGAUUAGGAUUAAAAAGACCUGAAACAAGUUAUAUAGCAUCAAGUGAAACAAUUUGUAAAAGUGUAAUUGCAAGAGUAGAAAGUGGAACAGUUAUUAGAAGAACUUGUUUUAAAUAUUUUUUUCAAUUAUGUUUUGAAGAUUAUAUUCAAGUAGUUAAUUCAACAGGAAUAUUUGAUAUAUUUUCAUCUUAUCUUUAUUCUGAAGAUGAAGAUUUAGUUAAAUUAUUAAUUGGAGCAAUUGCAAAUUGUGCAACAACAGAAGAUCCAAAUAUUAUGAAAAAAAUUUCUAAAGAUUUUAUUCCGUUUGCAAUUAAUAAAAUUUUAAAUGAUGCUCCAAAUAAUCAAUUCGAAGAUUUAUCAAGACUUUUAUUUAAUUCUUGUAUUUGGACUGAAACUCAUAAUUAUGAACCAACAAAGAAUCUUAUUUUAUUAUAUCCUAAUUAUAUUAAAACAAUAUACACAUCUUUAACUUCUUUUUAUUCUGAUGAUAACCUUAUUGCUUUAGGUCUAAGAGCUGUUUCUGAUUUACUUAUGAAUAUUACUGAUCUAAAUUUGAUUG